GCCGUGGAAACGCCGGGGCCUGCGCUGCGGCGCGCGGGGCGGGUUCUCGGGCUCACGCGCCCCUGCGCACGCCCGGGCGCCUUUGAGCCCCAGUCGUUGGGCCCCAGCCCGGGGUCUCCGGCUGUGCGCGAGGCAAGAUGUUGAGGCGCAGCUUGGAAAACCGGGACGCUCAAACGAAACAACUGCAAGAUGCCGUCACAAACGUGGAGAAGCAUUUUGGAGAACUGUGCCAAAUCUUUGCUGCUUAUGUGCGGAAAACUGCCAGACUGCGAGACAAAGCAGACCUCCUGGUGAAUGAAAUCAACGUAUAUGCCUCCACAGAGACCCCAAAUUUAAAGCAGGGCCUGAAAAACUUUGCUGACGAGUUUGCCAAACUUCAGGAUUAUCGACAAGCAGAGGUUGAAAGACUUGAAGCCAAAGUAGUUGAACCUUUGAAAGCUUAUGGAACCAUUGUAAAAAUGAAACGAGAUGACCUCAAAGCAACAUUAACAGCAAGGAAUCGAGAAGCUAAACAGUUAACUCAGUUAGAAAGAACACGUCAGAGAAACCCAUCUGAUCGACAUGUUAUUUCACAGGCAGAAACUGAAUUACAGAGAGCUACCAUGGAUGCUACCCGAACAACUCGCCAUCUGGAGGAAACUAUUGACAGUUUUGAAAAGCAGAAAAUAAAGGAUAUAAAGACAAUAUUUUCAGAAUUUAUCACCAUCGAAAUGUUAUUUCAUGGCAAAGCUUUAGAGGUCUACACUUCUGCCUACCAAAAUAUACAGAAGAUUGAUGAAGAAGAAGAUUUAGAGGUUUUCCGAAAUUCUCUGUGUCCACCAGAUUAUUCAUCUCGUUUAGAUAUCGUAAGAGCAAAUUCAAAGUCACCUCUUCAGAGAUCACUGUCAACUAAGUGUGUAUCUGGAACAGGACAGGUAUCCACCUGUCGACUAAAAAAAGAUCAACAAACAGAAGAUGAUGAUGAUGAAGAGGAUGAAGACUUAGACAUUACCGAAGAAGAAAAUUAAUUUUCUUAUGUAAACUUUGCAUUUCCAUUUUCAUCUUAAAUGACUUGAUAUCCAGAAUUACUCAACUGUAAAACUUUAUACUGGCUUGAUACAUUAAACCUCAAGAUGAAAUCCUACCAGAAACAGAGAAGUUAUUAAAGGAAAUUUAUGCUAACCAAAAAUGAUGGUUUUAAAGAAUAUUACACACUAGUUAUUUCAACAUUCUAUCUAGCAGCACAUGAUCUUUUUGUAUAGGUUCCUUUUUUUUUUUUUUUUUUUUUUUUUUUUUUGCUUUUUAGGGCUGCACCUGGGCUAGAGGUCGAAUCAAAGCUACAGCUGGCAGCCUACACCACAGCCACAGCAAUUCCAGAUCCAAGCUUCAUCUGUGACCUACACCACAGCUCACAGCAAUGCUGGAUCCUUAACCCACCAAGCAAGGCCAUGGAUUGAAUCUGCAUCUUCAUGGAUCCUAGUCAGAAUCCUUAACCGCUGAGCCACGAAGGGAACUCCAGCUUCCAUUUUUUUAAAAAACAGUAUGUAUUCAGAAGUAUUUCAUAUUGAUGCACUAUACCUAGCUGAGGUUGCAACAGUUAGGUAGAUAACAAAAAACAAAGAUCCAACAAUUCCACUUGCUUCUUUUAGCUUACGAUACCAUGCUUUCAACACCAGAAAAAGGGUCCUCAGAUAGUUAUUCUAAUGAAAUACAAAUUCUAUUCCAUAAAGCUCUAAACGAAGACAAGUUUUUCUUUUUUUUUUUUACUUCUGCUACAACCUGAAGUUUCAUCAUUUGAUAUGUAAAUUUAGUUUUCAACAAGUGUAAUCGUUCUUGAAAAACAGUAAUGGAACAGUAAGAUAUCAGUGUUUUACUACUAUACACAAAGUAUAAAUUUUAGCUUUAAAAAGCAACAUUCAGCCUGAUUCUCACUUUAAAAUGAAACCACUGUCAUACUAAAUAAAGCAUUACACAUGGCACUCCAACUUUUGGAAAGCUGUGAAUCUAAAGGAAUGUUGCCUUGAAAAAACAUCAUGGAAACCCAUAAAUCGCUAAAAAUUCUAUGAAAAUUUUAUCAAACUACUAUCUGAUCAAUAAGAGUAUAUAGUCACAUUCUUAUUCCUGAAAACAUAAAACAAUUUAAUCAGAGCCUUUCAGUAUGUCUGAUGCUUUUAUUUGUAUGGGAAUUGUACUUUUAUUUCAUAGAUGCUGGUCAGGCAUAUAAAAAUUAAGACAAUUUAUAAAACCAUUUGGGAUUACCGCAAAAAAGCAAUUAUUCUUAACAGAAAAAUAAAGACUCUCUAGAAAGCUUU